UUAUAGGUUCUACAACUUAAAUAUGUGCUUGAGUUUGUGAAAGGUGUAGAAAAUUUUGCAAUGGGGAACUGUUCUCUCAAAGGGGUCACUGGGGUUUGUCACAACUCUAUCCGGGUUUUGACGGAUUCCGGAGCUGUAUUAGAUUUCAAAGGGCCGAUUAAAGCUCGGGACAUCCUCGAUGAUCACCCAGGAUAUGGCAUUUUCCGGCAGGGCCAAGCUUCAUCACCAUUGCAAGACCUUGAGUGCUUAAUUAGUGGCAGAUUGUAUUAUCUACUUCCACUAAGCAAGGAGCAUAAGCUUUGCAAAAAUGGGGUCACUGAGCAAGUGAAAAACAUUGGGAUCAUUGAGCAAUUGGAGGCUGAGUGGAUGAGUGUGGUUGAGCCAGCUAAGAUGUCAUCAUAUGCUGCAUCAGAUUUUGUUGAUAACUUAGCAAAUGGUUCAGCUCUUGAAGUCCUGCCAACGGUUGGAGAUGGAGUUUGGAGAGUGAAGUUGGCGAUUGACACAAAACAAUUGGAGGAAAUCUUGUCAGAACAAGUGAAUACUGAGGCAUUGAUUGAGAAAAUGAGAAUGGUUGCAAGCUCUGCCAGCCUAACACCAAAGAGAACAAAGAGCGCUUGGGGAAUGAGUUGGAAGCCAACCCUCCUGAACCUUUUCAAGUUGCCACUUGAUAAUGGCAAAUAAAAGCCAAGUUUCCUGCCUAUGCUUAACUCUAUUUUCUUUGCUCUUAGAGUACCUCUAAUUAUCUCAUGAGUUUGUUCUACUGUCCCAAGAGCAAACCAAUCUUGUCUUGUACAUGUUAUAUAUAAAGUCUUUGAUUUUGUUUAUUUUUUCUAAUGUUGUUAUUUAAACUUUUGAAAGAUUAUAAUUU